GGGCGCGCGCGCGCGCGGGGGGUCGCGGGGCGGCAGCGGCGAGCGCAGCCCCCGCGCCUCUCCCCUCCGCGCUCCCGCGGCCGCCCCCCCCCCCCCAACCACCGCGUCUCCCCCGCUCCAUCGGCAAGGACGUGGCUGUUAUAUGAAGACUCUGUGUGGACAGUAAUGACCGCACGUUUCCGAUUGCCUGCUGGCAGAACCUACAAUGUACGAGCAUCUGAGCUGGCACGAGACAGGCAGCAUACGGAGGUGGUCUGCAACAUUCUUCUCCUGGAUAACACUGUACAAGCUUUCAGAGUUAAUAAACAUGAUCAGGGACAAGUUCUAUUGGAUAUAGUCUUCAAGCAUCUCGAUUUGACAGAGAGAGAUUACUUUGGUUUACAGUUGGCUGAUGAAUCCACUGAUAACCCUAGGUGGUUGGAUCCAAACAAACCUAUCAGGAAACAAUUAAAAAAAAUACUUUCCUUGACCAUAGGAGGAUCUCCUCACAGUUUGAACUUGAGAGUUAAGUUUUUUGUAAGUGAUCCAAACAAGCUCCAAGAAGAAUAUACAAGGUACCAGUAUUUUUUGCAAAUUAAACAGGACAUUCUUACUGGAAGAUUGCCCUGUCCAUAUAAUACUGCUGCUCUUCUGGCUUCCUAUGCUGUUCAAUCCGAGCUGGGAGACUACAACCAUUCAGAAAACUUGCCAGGCUACCUCUCAGACUAUUCUUUCAUCCCUAGCCAGCCUCAAGACUUUGAAAAAGAAAUAGCAAAAUUACAUCAGCAGCACAUAGGGCUGUCUCCUGCAGAAGCAGAGUUCAAUUAUCUCAAUACAGCACGUACCUUAGAACUUUAUGGAGUUGAAUUGCACUAUGCAAGGAAUCUCUCCUCUCUGUGUUCUGAGAUUGCAAUUUCCUUUCAGGAUCAGAGUAACAAUGAAAUAAUGAUUGGAGUGAUGUCAGGUGGAAUACUAAUUUUUAAGAACAGAGUACGAAUUAACACCUUUCCAUGGUUGAAGAUUGUAAAAAUUUCUUUCAAGUGCAAGCAGUUUUUUAUUCAACUUAGGAAGGAAUUGCAUGAAUCUAGAGAAACAUUACUGGGUUUCAAUAUGGUGAACUACCGAGCGUGUAAGAAUUUAUGGAAAGCUUGUGUUGAACAUCACACGUUCUUCCGUUUGGACAGACCGCUCCCCCCUCAAAAGAACUUCUUUGCACAUUAUUUCACUUUGGGUUCAAAGUUCCGGUACUGUGGGAGAACAGAGGUCCAGUCUGUACAGUAUGGUAAAGAAAGAGCAAACAAAGACAGAGUAUUCGCAAGAUCCCCCAGUAAACCCUUAGCACGGAAAUUGAUGAGUGGGAUGGACUGGGAAGUAGUGAGUAGGAACUCACUGUCUGAUGAUAGGUUAGAAACCCAGAGCCUGCCAUCAAGGUCUCCACCUGGAACCCCAAAUCAUCGAAACUCUGCCUUCACUCAAGAAGGAGCCCGGUUACGACCCUCAUCAGUUGGACAUUUAGUGGACCAUGUGGUUCACACUUCGCCAAGUGAAGUAUUUGUGAACCACCGAUCUCCAUCUUCCACCCAGGCUAACAGCAUAAUACUGGAAUCAUCACCAUCUCAAGAAACUCCUAUAGAUGGGCAGCCUCCUGCAUUACCACCCAAACAAUUUAAAAAGAACAGUUUGAACCAAAUUCAUCAUUCACACUCACAGCAGGAACUGGAUAACCAUAUUAAUGAAACAUUUGAUGUUCCUGCAUCACCUGAAAAGUCCACACCCAAUGGUGGUAUCCCCCAUGACAAUCUUGUUAUGAUCAGAAUGAAACCAGAUGAAAACGGAAGGUUUGGCUUCAAUGUCAAGGGUGGAUAUGAUCAGAAGAUGCCCGUAAUAGUGUCCAGGGUAGCUCCAGGAACACCUGCUGAUCUUUGUGUCCCUCGUCUGAAUGAAGGAGACCAGGUUGUACUGAUCAACGGCAGGGAUAUAGCAGAACAUACCCACGAUCAAGUUGUUAUGUUUAUUAAAGCUAGCUGUGAGAGACACUCAGGGGAACUUGUGCUCCUAGUUCGACCCAAUGCUGUCUAUGAUGUUGUGGAAGAGAAGCUGGAGAGUGAGCCUGACUUCCAGUACAUCCCUGAGAAAUCUCCACUUGAUGGUGUGCAUCAAGAUGAUAAUGCUCUGAGGGAAUCCAUGAUUCAGCUAGCAGAGGGGCUUAUCACUGGAACUGUUCUGGCUCAGUUUGAUCAAUUGUAUAGGAAAAAACCUGGAAUGACAAUGUCUUGUGCCAGAUUACCUCAAAACAUUUCCAAAAAUAGAUACAGAGACAUUUCGCCUUAUGAUGCUACACGGGUUAUUUUAAAAAGUAAUGAAGAUUACAUCAAUGCAAAUUACAUAAAUAUGGAAAUCCCUUCUUCCUCUAUAAUAAACCAGUACAUUGCUUGUCAAGGUCCAUUGCCAAACACUUGUCCUGAUUUUUGGCAGAUGACUUGGGAACAAGGCUCAUCUAUGGUUGUAAUGUUAACAACUCAAGUUGAACGGGGUAGAGUUAAAUGCCAUCAAUACUGGCCGGAGCCAUCAGGAAGCUCAUCAUAUGGAAAUUUCCAGAUCACCUGCCAUUCAGAAGAAGGAAAUCCUGCCUAUGUGUUUCGAGAAAUGACAUUGACUAAUCUGGAGAAAGAGGAAAGCCGCCAACUGACCCAAAUUCAGUAUAUAGCAUGGCCUGAUCAUGGGGUUCCUGAUGACUCCAGUGAUUUCCUAGAUUUUGUGUGUCUGGUGCGAAAGAAGCGGGCUGGCAGAGAAGAACCUGUUGUUGUUCAUUGCAGUGCUGGGAUUGGACGGACAGGAGUUCUCAUCACUAUGGAGACAGCAAUGUGUCUCAUUGAGUGCAAUCAGCCUGUUUAUCCAUUAGAUAUUGUAAGAACUAUGAGAGAUCAAAGGGCCAUGAUGAUCCAAACACCUAGUCAAUACAGAUUUGUAUGUGAAGCUAUUUUGAAGGUGUACGAAGAAGGAUUUAUUAAACCUUUACAAGCAUCACCGCAUAAAUAAAGAGCAAAAACCCUAGGAUAUCAAUUGAGGAAUCCUGUCCUCUGUAUAAUGAACUGGCAGCAUUCUUUGUGCCAUAAUACUGCUUGCAGGAAAUGAUAGUGAAGUACGGCAAAGAAUUGACAAAGGACUUUGAAAACUUCAGCACUGUUGCACUUUAUGUUGAAACAAAAUCAGUCUCUGAAACUCUUCUAACCUUCAUCUGUUUGAAGACUUUAUUUUCGUGCUUUGCUCCGAACAAACCACAAACUGAAAGAACUAAUCGUGUUCAGGGUAAUCUACGAUAUUUCAUUGUAGUGCCAUAUACUGCGCUUCUGGUUGAAUUGCUACAAACAAGGCUUGGAAUUAUUUCACUUUGUUUUACACCCAUGUCUCUUAAAAAUGGAAAACAAAUGAAAAAAUACACUAAGCCAUGGUCUUUCUCCAGUGCUAGGUUUAUUUACUAUGUACAGACUCUCACUGUUUUGUUUUUUUACAACAUUAGCAAUAUUGCCGAUACUAGAUAGAUACACACUGCCUACUGAUGCAGCACACUGUCCUACACCCUUAUUAGAGACCAGCUGGUUGUUAGAGGAAAGCUGGCAUCUGUGUUAACCCAGCAGUAGCUGCAUAAUGCCCACUUACCAGCAUCUUGUAAAAAAAAAAAAAAAAAAGAAAAAAAAAAAAGGAAAAAAAAAAAGGAAAAAAACAAUAAUAAUAAAAAUUAAAAAAAAAUAAACAGCAUUUCUUUGACACAGCUUGUGUGUCAUACACUGGUGUAUUCUGAUUCAUGUGACUUAAGAUUACGUGAUGGGAACUAGUGCAUGCAUUGUCUUAACCCCUUAAGUGCCUUGAGACUUACAGCGUACAUCCAGUGAAAGGCACUCAUGAUUCUGUGGGGGGUGGUCUUGUCCUGUCAUAUUUAUCUUAAUGGGUUCAGAUUUUAAAAACAGCCCUUGGUGCUUGGAAUAUGUUACUGCAAGGGGUCAUGGAAAUACCGUUCCCUCUUUCCUUAUACACGUACCUGUGUGCUACACUCAGUAGCAAAAGCACCUCUGCCAACUUAAUGAAUGAGCAUCAUUUGCUGCUGUGUUGUAAUUAUGUGAAAAAUCUGACACAUUCCUUUCAACUAGUAACUUACUAGCAGCUUACUAUGAAAUGCUAGUAGGUCAUUAGAAGCUGAUACUUUGUUUUAUCCUUUUAUUGAGAAUAGCUGUCUUGCUCAAUUAGAACAUAACUCCUUAAUAGCACUGAUAAUUAAGUUGAACUUACGAUCAGAUGUGAUUUAAUUCCAUUAUCUGCUAACCAGUUAUUCUUUAAGUCCUCAUAGUUGAUUUCAAGCCAUGUUCGUACAGGUCUGCCUUUUAUUUUUCUAAUUGUUUGGGGGGUGGGGGGUGAGGAAAGAGAACACUAUAAUGCUGUCCCAGAACUUUAAUUCCAUAACGACCCCAGUCGCCCUCUGUUACGCUUGUGCAAAGUUGUUCCAGUUGAUAUGGGUUGCUUCUUAUUUAAGUAGGUAGAAGAUUUGUAAUGAAUAUCUGUCUGAUACAGUAUCUGAGCUCACUCUAAGGAUAUUAAAAAUUGGGACGUUUUAUAUAUAUAUAUAUAUAUAUAUAUAUAUAUGUUUUUCCAGUAUAGGAGAAACCAAGUCAGAAGCAAGGUGUCCAUUGUAAUAUACUGUAAGAAAAAAAAAAAAAUCAGUCACUUCUUUGACUGCCCUGCAACAGCAUAACUUUGUGCCCUCUAUUUAAAAAAAUAAUAAUAAUUUAUUGUAUUGGUUUCCUGAAAAUGUUUAUCCAGUAAAUUUUGUUAUAAGCUAUAUAGAGCAUAGAAUUAAAAUGGAAAGUUCUACACUAAAUAAGUUUUUAACUAUUGAAGAAUUAUAUUAUAUAAUAUACUGUGUUCUAUGGACAUUGAAAGAGAUCAGCUAUGAAAUAUUAAGUGAAAAGGGAUUCAGGCAAAGUGAAAUCCUGGCUUACGACUUAGUAAUAAACAUGAACCACAAUGCCAAAUGGAAAAUAUAGUUUUAAAUAUUUUUAGAAAACAAUAUAAUAUUAGAUGGCCUGUGGCCUUGUUACUUAUAUUUCUAGAUUUGAUGCCUAAAUCAAUAUUAUUCCUCAGUGAAAAAUGAAUCUUACAAGAAUCUCUGGAUCUGACAAAUUGAAAAAGAGUGAUAAAGUAGCUUUAAUCUCAGUUUUAUUUUAAGCCAUUUGCAACAACAACAACAAAAGUCUUCUUUAGUAAAGUUUAAGCUUUAACUUGCAUACAAUGAUAUUAGCUGAGAUGCCAGCUAGCUGGAAGGUUAUUUUAAACUCAGCACUUAAUGUCAACAAAUUAAAAUAAUUCAUUCAUCUACUGAAGUAAAUUUUCUUCGUAGUCAAAUUGUAAAUGAAAAUAGCAUUUGCCCUUUUUUCUCUGAGGGGAACAAGAAAUUAAGUUUAUAGCAACAUUGCUUAGUGUUGAGAUGUCACAUAUUUAAAAUGUGAAGUUGCCAAAGCAGUUUGAGUUCAAAAGACCCAUUUAUACCACAAUUGUGUGGGAUAUUUAUUGGUCGUCUGUCAUUAUUGUUUUGAUUACAAAUACAGGCAAGUAUAACAGGUCUCUUCAGAAUCUUCCUCUGCAUUGACUUAAGCUGAUGGGUUGGCGUGCAUUAACUGGUUGCACUGGGAAAGAAAUUGGAGCAAAGCAACUCUUCUUUGAUAACUGCUCAUCAGCUGAUCAGGGGCGUUUGGGCUUCUGGAAAGCAGAGUGGUAACCAAAAACCAAUUGGGAAAGAGAAGUUGCACUGAAGCCUUCCUGCACCAUACAUCAUUCAUUCAAAUGUUUCUACUGGUUGUGGUAUAAAUGGCCUUUCAAAUAUUUUUAUAUGGCCAAAAAAAAAAAAAUAAAUCUAAACUGCUAAAGAUUUUACUUUGGGUUAUGAAGAUCUGUAUCAUCCUUCAAACUUUUUAAAGAAGUUUUUGUAUGUUUCAUGCUGUACAAAACAUGAAUGUAUCUUUCAGACAAAAUGACCUAUAUGUGAUUGGUGUUAUGACUGUUGGAUUUUAUGAAUAAUUAUUUUCAUACCAUUUGAUUAGGAAAAAUGCUGGGUGGGUGGGAGAAAGAGUAUGUUUGUAACACUUCCAUGAUACAAAUCCAGUUUUAAAAAGAAAUGAAGUUUUCAUUGUAAAUAAGAGCAAUAUUAUGACAGUUUUCUGCCAAUUUAUAAUGUCAAGGUUUUUGUUUUCCUUUUGGGUUUAAAUUGAAAACGUCCACUACCAUCUUGUUUAAAGUGGAUUUGAAGGGUUUUUUUUUUAGUAUAAAAACAUGGGGCUCUAGAGAAGGCUUUGUGUGGCUUUGGGGGCAUUUUUUAUUUUUGCUAAAUAUGAAAUAAGAUGUAGGUAUCGUUUUAUAAAUCACCUGCAGAUUGUCAGCCAAUCCAUUCUGAGAAGUACUGCAUUAGGUGUAACAGACAACUGAGAGCUGCAGACUUAAUUUGUCCUAAACUUAGAAGCAAUUGGUAUUUUAAAUAAUGUGCUUGUCUUAAGCAGUAACCCAUUGCUUUUAUGCAUUUAAUUUUUAUAUGUUCUCUCCUAGUUAUGAAAAAGAGCUUGAUUGUAUCAGACUACGUUUAAUGCUAACUGACGUUUUUUUUCAUGCAUUUUUUCUGUUCAAUUUGGAAGCUUACAGAUAAAACAACAGCGCUUCAUCUAGUAUAGCUGAUUACACUCUAGCACACCAUCUAUGAGAGAGAGGGUGAGAAGGCAGUUGGGAGACUAAGGAACAUGAGGUGUUUGAUAUGGAACCCAGCAACUUUCCAUAGAGAGCUUCCAAAAAGCUUUGUGGUACCCGUGGAAGGGCCAGCGUGCAGCGUUGCUGCUGCAGUUGCACUGCCCAGAGAGAUGGGAAGAAGAGGAGGUCAUGCAUAGGGAGACUGGAGCUCCAGGUGUGUCGUGGAGCUGAAUUACGUGAUAUUUUUAUGCUUGUGUAGGUGUGUGGGUGACUGAUGGCUCAGGGAAUUAGCAUGAGCAUGAAAAACUACAGAUCCACCAUCCGCAAAUCUCCAAGCGAAACCAGGUUGUCCAAUACACGCACUGUAGUUGUGACUGUAGAGCCACUACUCAGGCAAUCUGAAAGACCCUCAGCCCUGAGGGGAAAGGGAGGAAUUGGAAUAUGGUCCAUAUUCAAAUUCUGCAUAUUUGGAUUAGCACAAAGUACUGGAAUGGUGCCCUGUAAUGUCACUUAUGUAAGUCUUUUUAUAGCACAUAUGUCCCCAGGUGGUUGGGAGUAUUUUCUUAAAUACCCAGUCUUGAGACUGGAAAAACUCUUUUCCAUUGCCACUUCUAGUGCUGGGAUCAAAUACAAAAAUCUGGUAAAUAUUUAUAUAGUCAUUGAUUAAAUGUGGAUCUUGCAUGAAAUUGCAGAGAUUGGUUAGUGGUGAUUGAGAAGCUGUUACAAGAGGAAAAGGAUUGAUUUGUUUUAAUACAACCAUUUUGUCCAAUCUCAUUUAACUCACAGCAGUUAUAAGACAAAAAAAAUUAUAUAGAUAUUUUUUUAGUUUAGCAAUCUGCAAAGGAGGCUAGUUUGUCAUCACUGGACUUUACCUCUGUCCUAGUUGCUAGCACAGUUGUGCAUCUUCACAGUUAAUUGGGCUUCUCCAGCUGCAAGUUUAACUAGUGCACAAGCUGCAAGCUCCAGCUGCUUACUUUGGCAUGUUUUGCUCAUUGAGAGCUCAUUUGGCAAAACUUUGGGAGAAAUUACUUUAAAAAAAAAAUGGCAUUUUUGGUAAGAGGCAUGUACUUUUGGGGUCGUUCUAGUAUGCUGUAAGAUGAACUUUGGUUUCGCAGACUGGCUGACAGUUUGCUGGUUGUGUUAUUUCAUAUUUAGCAAGCUUAUGUGUUUUAAAGGGUGAUUUUUUUCAAAGUGUUUUGAUGUUUGAAUGGUAGCACUUUAUCUCAUGCUUACUACUGACUGAACUAUUGGACAAAAUAAAUUGGGUUUGGAGAGAGAUGCUUAAUGGGUUUCUGUACAGAGAUGAUUUGGAUUACACCCUGGUACGAAUGAUUUCUGUUCCAACCAUUUCUGGUUUAUUGCUCAUGUAUUUGAGGGACUUUCGUAAAACAGAUAUUAAUAAUAUGUCACCUCAAUUUUCCUGUCAUAACAAUAUAGAGCUUGUAUUUAAAAAAAAAAAAAAGCGAAUGGAAACUACAGGGUACUCAUAAAUUUAUCUCUGUGAUCUCUCUCAGCUAGCUGCAGAUUAGCUAAGUUUACUGUAAGUGGUUCUGCUAAGCAUUAUUUUUAACAUUAGAUCAAUUACUUGGAAAUCAGUAUUUUUUUUUUUACUUAACUUAUUUGAAUUUUGAUAACUAAAGAUAAUGCACAACAGAGCUUAAAGAAGUUGUCAUGCUUUUACUCCUAGGCCAGGGGCCUAAGACAUGAGUGAAAGGGGUAAACAGUUUACAUUAAGCUGUUGUUUUCUUUAACUAGGAUGUAUCCACAAAGACUAGGCUAUAAACUACCCAGUGCAAUUAUCUCAGUACAUUGGGGCACCACAGUAACAACCCAUAAUAAUAUUACAGGAAAAGUAAGUUAAGGAAACCAAGGUUUUUGUUUUACCCUAUGUACUCAGAUUUUAUUCCAUUUGGUUUGGUUCGUUUACCAGUGAUCCCAUUUUAACCAGUCAAUUUGGCAGGGCUGUUUGUGUAAGGUUUGGGGUUUUAUUUUCUGUAACAGGUGCUAUACUAUCUGUAAAUACAAAGGGAAGAAUAUUAUCUAGAUCAUUAUUAACAAUCAGGAGGUGGCAAUAUUUUUUGCUAGUUACUUCUGGUAAUUAAUUUGCAUUUCCAGCUGUGGCUUUCAGUUGUCAAAUUUCAUCUCCAUUUCGUACUGCUCAAUGAUUGACAAGUGUGAAGUAAAUCAUCUCAGAGUUGAAUAGCUUUUGUUGUUUAGACUAACUCUUGUGUAUCUUUAUUAAUGUUGGGAGGGUGGGAAGCUUCUUCCUGUAAGCAGACUUUUGCCUAUAAAUUUGUUUAAAAGCACAUGGCGGGGUGGGGGGACACUUUAAAACACAACAUCUUGGCUUAAAUCGCCAGGGUAGCUGAUUGAAAACAAUGGAAACUUGAAAUUGGUCAACACUGGACAAUGUGAAAAUGAAUUCAGCUUUUGUCACUGCAGCUACUGUAUGCUUUAAAGGGCCUUAUGUAUUUGUCCUCAUUUUGAUAAAAUGAAAUUUCUUGCCAUUAAAACGAUACACUAACAUUCUACCAAAAACCAGCAGUUCCCAGAAUAAAUAUGCUAAUUAACAUUUAACAAGUCUUGUUUUAGUCUUAAGUAAAAUUUCAUUCUAUUAUGUGAAAAAAUGCUGUUAUGCAUAUUUUGUGGAUAUAUUUAAUUUCAGUUGACAAAUAGUUGUCUAGGUACAGACUUGAAAAUAUAUAUAUAGUUUACUUGUGGAUCUUAAUUGUUUAAUUGCAAAAUAAAGAUGUGCUUUAGUAAUUUAAA